CGACAAAGCAUGACUUGCGCGAGAGCGAUAUAAUAGCAGUAUCUCGAGGAGUAGCAGUAUGUCGCUGUCUUGCAAGCCCUACUGUGGUUAUACAUUACGAAAAGAAGCUACGAGUCCUUGGAGAAUGAAGCACUGCUUGCAUUAUUACUGCUGAAUGAAUAGCUAAUGCUUUGAUCAUGUCACUGAUUACAGUGCAAUUCAUAGGGGACGUCAACGAUGGCGACAGAAAUUAAUGGGAAGAAUUCGCAGGGCGUGGAGAAGAUUGCAGCUUCCUUUGACGAUGCUAUGAUUCUUACCGGUUUCGGCGUCUACAAUGUGGUGCACAUGCUGCUCAGCGGGGUGAUCCUGAUGGGUAUGAUCAUGCAGAGCUUGGCUCUGGGCUACGUGCUGCCCGCCGCAAAGUGUGAUCUGGGCAUAACAACGCAACAACAGGGUUUACUUUCUGCAAUACCUUUUUUAGCAAUCAUCUUGAUGUCGUACUUCUGGGGAUACCUGGGUGACACGCGCGGCAGGAAGCCAGUAAUGUUGUGCGCGAUGCUCGCCUCUGCGCUCUUCUCAAUCCUCGCCAGCUUCUCCCCUGACACUCCGUCUUUUGCUGUGUUAUUCUUUUUGUCAGCUAUUUUCAUGUCAGGCUCCACGGCAGUAGUGUACACGUACAUCGGCGAGUUUAAUAACCUGCACCACAGAGACAAGAUGGUUGCUUUUGGCUCGUCCUUUGUUGGUAUUGGAAGCGUUGUCUUACCUGCUGUUUCCUGGUUGAUUCUUCCACUGGAGUUCGAAUUCCACAUUCCAUUCCUGGGCAUCUACUACCGCUCGUGGCGACUCCUCGUUGUUGCCUGCACCUUACCAUACAUCUGCGCGUCUUUGUUUCUCUACUAUGCUCCCGAGAGCCCCAAAUUUUUGAAUGCUAUAGGACAUCAAGAAGAAUGCCUUGACGUUUUACAGAAAAUGUACUCUGUCAAUAAGUGGAAGGCACAAAACACGUUCCCCGUCUACACUAUAAUCAGUCAAAAUACCAAAACUACUGAAGUAAGGAACAGUGGCAUAGGGGGGCUACUGAGAUCAAUGAAGGACCAGACAGUGCCUCUCUUCAAAAUGCCCCUACUUCCUUGGACAUGCCUCACGUGUUUCGUGCAAUUUGGUAUUUUUGCUACGGCUAACGGCUUCUACGUGUGGUUCCCCACAAUUUUGAACUCCCUGCUCAACCAUACAGGCAACGAAACCAGAAUUUGCGACAUCCUCAAUGCACCUCGUCUUAACGAUACCAUUGCCGAAUGCAUUGACACUCUUAACGUAGAAACCUUCGAGCGUUCCAUUUACAUCGGUCUCGUCUUCUGUUCAAUGUACAUCAUCGUGGGAUUUCUAGUUGACUAUAUCGGCAAGAAGCUCAUCCUCAUCGUGAUCCUAUCAGUGACGGGAGCCUGUGGCAUUGGAGCGCAUCUAGCUCAAGACCCUUCCAUUGGAGUUAUGCUGUUUGCGAUCUUCCAAAUGUGCGGUGCUUGUAUUGGACUUAUGAAUGCAGUCUCAGUGGAAUUGUUCCCAACAAAACUCAGAGCAAUGGCUAUUUGCCUCGCCAUGAUGAUGGGCCGAGUUGGCUCCAUGAUCGGCUCCAACCUUAUCGGCUUCCUCCUGGACAGCAACUGUGCGGUUAGCUUCUAUCUCUUUGGUGGGAUCAUCAUUGUUAAUGGUCUAGUCUGUUUCACACUUCCUAGCAAAAACAGGAUGACCAAAAACAAUACAAAUAUAGAACCAACACAGUUUCAAACUCAUGAACCGGCAUGAAGCACUACGAACCGAAUCAGUGGAGACUAAACCAGUUUCGAUUUUAGUUUUAAACGUGUACGAGAAUCAGAAUAAAUGAUAACUAGCGAGCUGUCUGUGAAGAGAAAGGGUUUAACCUGAGAACAAAUUUUAUUGAACGUAUUGCUGUAAAUUAUCCAUACAGAGCAGAGGAUACAAUAAUCAAUAUGAAAAGAGGCUCUCCCUCUAUGAUCAGG